CAAUUCCUGGCACGCUGUGAGGGCUGAGUCAAGGUGUGCUGUUUCUGCUAGUACUGCUGUUGUUAACUACUAUUACUGUUAUGAUUAUUUUUCUACAACGACUACAAGCCAGGAACAGUGCCAAGCACUUAACCUACACUGUCUCUCCUUUGACGUCUAAGCUGUUAUUUUCCUUUUUUCCAGACAUACAAAGGGAGACUUGAGAUUAAGUAACUUGCGGGUGAUGACAUAGUCGGUAAGGGACAGAGCUAGAAUUUGAACUCUGGCAGUCUUGCUCCAGAGCCUGCACUCUAAAUGCUAUAGUAGACUAUCACAGGGCAGCUACUGUGUGGAUGUCAGGAAGAGGAGCAGGAAAACAGAUGAACAGAAUGCAGUGUGGAGGAUGGACUCAGGCAAAUUCUGGAAGAGAUGAAAGCUUUAUAUGAACAAAACCAGUCUGAUGUGAACGAAGCAAAGUCAGAUGGACGAAGUGAUUUGAUACCAACCAUCAAAUUUCGACACUGUUCUUUGUUAAGAAAUCGACGCUGCACUGUAGCAUACCUGUAUGACCGGUUACUUCGAAUCAGAGCACUCAGGUGGGAAUAUGGCAGUGUCUUGCCAAAUGCUUUACGAUUUCACAUGUCUGCCGAAGAAAUGGAGUGGUUCAAUCGUUAUAAAAAGUCUCUUGCUACUUAUAUGAGAUCAUUGGGAGGAGAGGAAGGUUUGGAUGUUACACAGGAUAUGAAGCCUCCAAAAAGCCUAUAUAUUGAAGUGCGGUGUCUGAGAGACUAUGGAGAAUUUGAAGUUGAUGAUGGCACUUCUGUUGUAUUGAAAAAAAACAGUCAGCAUUUUUUGCCUCGUUGGAAGUGUGAACAGUUAAUCAGACAAGGCAUUCUGGAGCACGUGCUAUCAUAGCUGCACACUGAGAUGGAGCCCAGCUCACUGAGACGUCUGUACUUCUGUCUCUGUACCCCUCCUCCCACCUCUUUGAUUUAAAAGUUACAGACAUCUUUUACAUACAACCAGGAAUACUUGGCUAAAGAGUAUCACUUGCUAACCCUUAAGAGGUUUUGGUUUUUUAUGUUGUAUAGGAUUUCCUUCUCCUUUUUGCAGCAAUCUAUCCAUAAUUAUAACAUUCCUAUACCAUUAUUAUGUGUUUUUUUUUUUUUUUUUAA